AUGGCAACACAACCACAGCAGUUUUGGAGUGAAGCAGAUAGGCGCUGGCUCAGAACUCAGAUUGACGCGCAGUAUCGGCGUUUUCACGAAUAUUAUGACACAGAGCAACGGCAAUGGGUAUUUUUCAGAUGGGUAGAGCGCGCGGACUCUCCUUCAGCGCAGCAAGCCGGACCAGCGGGCUACCCUAGGGGUGAAGGCCCAAGGGUGGAGGGGACUUACAAUCUUCUGAAUCCGGUACCAAACAGUAAUUACGAGAGAUUGGACACAUCGUACUAUGUCAGACACAGGGACUUUUUCCAGCCAGGCAAGGUACUGUGGCUAGAGCUCAUGAUUUCUACGCGCGAAGCUAAUCAAAUGGAGAGAGACGCCAUCACAGUCGUAAUGUUUGGAGAGAUGGCGCAUACACAGAUCCGUCGGUUCAUCGUCGUCCAUCAGAAGCGCGAAUUUUGCUACGCCCUACCCAUUUUCACGUAUGGAAAACAAGGCACAAGGAAACCUGGUGUUGUGCCCAGUGAGCAUGCGAUUGCGCACUCGUACGGCUAUCAAGCUACUCUACUCCCAGGCGAAGCAGAACUUGAAAAAGAUCCUAUUUGUAUUGUAUCACCUGAUGGUGCCCCUUUAUCGACCGCUUCCCGGAUCUACUUUGGAAUUCACCAUCCGAUCCAGUACAAUGUCAAAGUGAAAGACCUAGGGUACGUUGUACCUGCUGACGUCUCCAAAUUCACCCAGUACUGGGCCAUGGAAAAUGGAACCCUCACCAAUCAGGGACCGGAAGCUGGACAGUAA